CGGCUCCGGGAAGGAGGCGGGAAGGCCCGGCAUCUGCGCGGUGAGGAGGGGCGAGCCUGAGGGGCUCUGGGAGGUGCGGCGGGAGUUAGAGACCUGAGCGGGGUUCGCAAAAAGCCGGUUCUUUCAGACCUUAGGGCAGACCUUUGGGCUGUCAGCGCCUCAGUUUACCCCUUUCUGCGGAAGUGAAGGCCAAGAGUUUGGCGCCUUACGGAGUGCACAACCCCCUGGCCCUGGCGAAGCCCUUGCCCUUACAGCUGCUCGAGCAUCCCCGAGGCCACCUGUACCCCAAUUCGAAUGACCUACGGCCACCGGACGGGCUCGCCCACGAAGCUUUGAGCCCUGUCAUCACUCAGGCGUUUCGGGACCAGAGCAGGUGCACAGAACAACUUAGCAGUUAUCAAGACUGAGAUUUAGACCUGGGGCUCUGGUUUCAGAUUUCUGGGUUUCAUUCUGCUUUUGUUUACCGGCUGUGAGACCUUCUGGAAUUUACCUUGCCCUGCCAUUGCCUCGGUUUCCCUCAUCUGCAAAACAACUGUCCUGCUCUUUCUCGGCUAACUGUGGACAUGUGUACAGGGCCCAGCCCUGAGUCCAGAUGAUGCUUGUACCAGUGGCUUCCGUGAUGGCCGUGGCUGAGCCAAAAUGGGUCUCAGUGUGGAGCCGUUUCUUGUGGCUGAUGCUGCUGACCAUGGCGCUGGGGUCGCUGCUGGCCCUGCUCCUGCCACUGGGAGCCAUGGAGGAGCAGUGUUUGGCCCUAUUCAAAGGCUUCUACCUGCUCAGGAGCAAAUUAGACAGGGCACAGCAUGCUGUCCCCAAGCGCACCAGCCCCUCCACUGAGCUCAGUGUCACCUCCAGCGACGCGGACCUGCUGGUGAUCAGGACCAAGGCAUCCCCAGCAGGCAAGCUGGAAGCCAGAGCAGCUUUGAACCAAGCCCUGGAAAUGAAGCGCCAGGGCAAGCGGGAGAAAGCCCACAAGCUCUUCCUAUACGCGCUCAAGAUGGACCCAGACUACGUGGAUGCCCUCAAUGAGUUUGGCAUUUUCUCAGAAGAAGACAAGGACAUCAUCCAAGCAGAUUACCUGUACACCAGGGCACUGACCAUCUCACCCUUCCAUGAGAAAGCACUGGUCAACCGGGACCGGACGCUGCCGCUUGUGGAGGAGAUCGACCAGAGGUACUUUAGCAUCAUUGACAGCAAGGUGAGGAAGGUAAUGGCCAUCCCCAAGGGGAACUCAGCACUGCGCAGGGUCAUGGAGGAGACGUACUACCACCACAUCUACCACACGGUCGCCAUCGAGGGCAACACCCUCACGCUGUCCGAGAUCAGGCAUAUCCUGGAGACACGCUAUGCCGUGCCGGGGAAGAGCCUGGAGGAGCAGAACGAGGUUAUUGGCAUGCAUGCAGCCAUGAAGUACGUCAAUACCACCCUGGUCUCACGCAUUGGUUCUGUCACCAUUGGUGAUGUGCUAGAGAUCCACAGGCGGGUGCUGGGCUACGUGGAUCCAGUGGAAGCAGGGAGGUUUCGCAUGACCCAGGUCCUGGUAGGACACCAUGUCCCUCCCCAUCCCCGGGACGUAGAGAAGCAGAUGCAGGAGUUCAUACAGUGGCUCAACUCCGAGGACGCCAUGAACCUGCACCCGGUGGAGUUUGCAGCCUUAGCACAUUACAAACUUGUCUACAUCCACCCUUUCAUCGAUGGCAACGGAAGGACCUCACGCCUGCUCAUGAACCUCAUCCUGAUGCAGGCAGGCUACCCGCCCAUCACCAUCCGCAAGGAGCAGAGAGCUGAGUAUUACCACGUGCUCGAGGUCGCCAAUGAGGGCGACGUGAGGCCUUUCAUCCGCUUCAUUGCCAAGUGCACCGAGACCACCCUGGACACCUUGCUUUUUGCCACGACUGAGUACUCGGUGGCACUGCCGGAAGCCAAACCCAACCAUUCUGGCUUCAAGGAGACGCUUCCUGUGAAGCCCUAGCCCUGUCCAUGCUGUCUGCAACAAGAGAAGCCAGGGAUGGGAUCAAAGAAACUUAGCAAUUCUACAAACCUAAUCAGCUCCAAAAGUGAAAGGAAACCUUUACACAUUACCUCCAAUUUUUCAGUUUAAAAAAAAAAAAAAAAAAGCUAAGUUAUUAAGGCUUGUAUCUAAGAUAACUUAUAAUUCAGCAAAGUUAUUUAUUUUUUUUUUAGCAAGCAAUGUAGUGAGCCUGCUGUCGCAGUGCUGGUGGCUGCUGUGGCAGCCCCACAUGCUUUAGGGGCACCUGUGCUUCUAUAGGACCGGAACCAAGGUUCUGGAGAAUUUGCACUACAGUCAGGGAGAGAAGCCAGAGCAGUGGGACGAGGCCCAGAGCCACCGGAAGAUUAACUGCGUAUCUUGCACCGCACUGGGAAGUCCACUCCUGGGAAGAACCUGUCCCAGUCCUGAGAAAUGACUGCAAGCCGCCCUCUCGGGUCUUUGGAACCCUUCCACUGAAUUAGGGUGGUGGCUUUUACUGGUAGAGCCACUUCUAAGCUUUGAUGUGAAUGUUGACAUUUCUAGUUAGAUAGCUUGUUUCCAGGCGACCCUUUGAGCCAUUCCUUGCCGAUAUCAGGCCCAAGGCUGUUUUUUCUUGAGACUGUUUUUCUAAUUAAGGAGAGGAAGGCUGCCACAUGGAUGUCGUUUGUGGCAGUGUUGCCCUUGCACUUCAUAUGCAGCAGUGCAGACCAGACGUUUUCAUCUAGGACAGAGACGGUGAACUUUUCAGGGCUUUCAGCGUCACCCAACAGCUGCACCAUGCUGUGAAGCUUGCCUGCCCUCAGCUCCCACUAGGCAGCUGAGAACAAUGCCACUUCACCCCAAAGCAGCAUUUCCGCUAACAAAUUAGAACCAAGGACACCUCUGACCACAGCUGGCAUGUCCCUGUACUUAUUCGGUGGCCUCCCCUCACUGCCCCUGCACCGCCUCAUACCACUUCGUGCUGUCCAGUCCCCUGCGGAGGCGAGACUGUCUCAGAGUGGCCUUAUUUUUCUAGUAACCUGUAGAAUGACCAAUGUCAUAUAGAAUACAGCCAGGUUUCUGAGCUGUCAUCUUAAGGAAAUAGGAUCUUUCAAUCAUAUAUGGCACAAGGGCCAGUGCAAAUGCUGCUAUUUAGUAUCAGAAAGGCUGGAAAUCGCUAGCUCCCUUUCCAGGGACAGAGGCUGCAGUGUUAACUCUGUUCCGCCCCUAGGGGAUGUGUGAAUGACGGUGACCAAAGUGGUGUCACAUCUUUUCACUUUUGCAUACAGUUCCUGAUGGUCAUGAAGUCUACUCAGAUGUGUUUAUACAGUUAUUUAUUUGUGUGGCAAAUUCAGAGUCGCUUUCUGAAAGGGUUAAGAAAAAUAAAAGAUGUAUGGAACAGCUCCAAAUAAUACUCAAACCUGGAUUUUAAAAAACAUUCACAGUAGAUGCUGCUGUGAGGCAUUUCUGAAACCUGGGCCCUCUUGUUGUUCUGGUUCUAUAAGCAGAGCAAGGAGGGCCGACGGGAGUGCUCACUUUGUCCUUUAGUGACAAAAUCUGCACUUCAGCUGUAGGUAAAGGAUAUUACUUUAACAAAUUACUGACUCUAAAAUAAAGUAUGUUA